AUGCCCGAGCCCUCCGCGGCCGACUCCCCUGCGCGCCGGGUCGCCGCGGCCGCCUCCCUCCCCGCGAGACUGCCAGCCGGCGCCGACUCCGCGCGUCUGCGCCCCCGCGCCACACCGCCUCCUCGCAGCUCCCUGCGCCAUCGUCGCGACCCCGUCCGUCUCUGCCUCCGCCAGUGGCCGGGACACGCCUGCCGGCUUCGCCUACACCACACCCCGCGCCGAGUCCGGCCACUCCCGAGUCGCCCACGCCGGGUCCGGCCCUCCAUCCGCUGCACCGGCUCCGGGCGCCAGCUGCCUCCCCGCUGCCGGGCUCCCCUGCCACCGGCUCCCCGCGCCUCCGCCAUCUUCGCGGCGGCCCCUGGCCGGCUCCACCCUCACCACGGCCGCCUCCCCCGUGUGCCUCGCACCGCCGCACCAGCCGGCCGCGGCCCCGGGCCGACUCCGCCGACCGCCGGCUCCGCCUCUGCCUCCGCCGAGUCGCGCGUGCCGGCUCCGUCUUCUCCAACCAGCUGCCGGCUCCCCGCGCCGAGUCGCUGCGCCCGGUUCCCGCCCCGCGGCCGGCUUCACCCGCGCCUAGCCGCCGGGUUACUGGCGCCCCCGCCUCCGGCUUCAUCCUGCUCCGGCCGGCUCGUCGCGCACCGGUUGCCGCCUCCCCACAGCCGGCUCCGCCGGCCGACCUCCCGCACCCCGGCCGCGCCAGCGCCGGCUCGCCUCUCGCCCGCGCCGCUCCACUCCGCGUGCCGUGCCAACUCCCCAGCCGCGCCCCUGGCCGGCCGGCGGGCAGCCCCGGCCUCCUCCUACUCCGCACGAGCACCAGCGUCGGGCCACGCCCGAGCUCCUCCGCCUGCGCGUGCCCCCGUGGCCUCAACCGCCGGCUGCUGCCCGGCCCAUCCGCCUCCUGCCCGGCGCCGACUCCGCGCGAGCGCCCCCGACGGGCCAUGCCCGAGCCCUCCGCGGCCGACUCCCCUGCGCGCCGGGUCGCCGCGGCCGCCUCCCUCCCCGCGAGACUGCCAGCCGGCGCCGACUCCGCGCGUCUGCGCCCCCGCGCCACACCGCCUCCUCGCAGCUCCCUGCGCCAUCGUCGCGACCCCGUCCGUCUCUGCCUCCGCCAGUGGCCGGGACACGCCUGCCGGCUUCGCCUACACCACACCCCGCGCCGAGUCCGGCCACUCCCGAGUCGCCCACGCCGGGUCCGGCCCUCCAUCCGCUGCACCGGCUCCGGGCGCCAGCUGCCUCCCCGCUGCCGGGCUCCCCUGCCACCGGCUCCCCGCGCCUCCGCCAUCUUCGCGGCGGCCCCUGGCCGGCUCCACCCUCACCACGGCCGCCUCCCCCGUGUGCCUCGCACCGCCGCACCAGCCGGCCGCGGCCCCGGGCCGACUCCGCCGACCGCCGGCUCCGCCUCUGCCUCCGCCGAGUCGCGCGUGCCGGCUCCGUCUUCUCCAACCAGCUGCCGGCUCCCCGCGCCGAGUCGCUGCGCCCGGUUCCCGCCCCGCGGCCGGCUUCACCCGCGCCUAG